UUACAGAAAUCCUGCCCAAGAUCGCCCAGACUUUUAGAGACUGGUUUCUUCCCACUACAUUAGGCUGCUUUUUCCCAUGAGACAUUGCAGUAGCUGUCUGAGGACUAGUUCCUGGAAUGAUCUAAACCUAGGGAGUCUGAUGCUGGCAAAUAGGAGCAGCUACACCGGACAAGGAGAGAGUCCUGAACCAUAGAGAGUAGGCGGGGCUCUGAGACUGUGGCCCAGAGAUAAGGAAGGGGGAGCUCGAAAACACUUCCGACUCAGAAAGACUGUCAUGGCCUGGGAGGUAGGUGAGGCCGGGGGCUUCUUGCUCCGGGAAUUCCAGCCUGGGGAUGCUGAUGCGGUGCGGGAGCUGUUUGCCGCGGGCAUGAGCGAGUAUGGGCCGGCCCUGCGCACACACGUGUUACAGCAGCCUUGGGUGAUGCUCACCCUGACCGGCACCUUCCUGCUGCUGGUGGCUAGCGCACACUCCCUGCUGCUGCCCGCGCUCGUCCUGGCAUUGCUGCUGGCAGCUGCCCACCUGGUGCUGGGCCAAGUCUGGGCCCUCUACAUCCAGCGCUGCCUCUCCGACGACCUGAAGGAUAUCGGGGACGCUUACGCGCCGCAUCGCGGCGCCCGCUUCUGGGUGGCUGAGGCGGGGGGGGAGGUAGUGGGCAUGGUGGGCGCACGGCCAGUGGAGGGCCAUGGCCCCUCCGGCGUGCUGGUGCUGAAACGUAUGGUGGUACGCCGAGACCACCGAGGCCGCGGCGUGGGCAAAGCCCUGGGACGAGCCGUGCUGGCCUUCGCUUGCGAGCAGGGCUGCCGCGCUGUGGUGCUCAUCACGCACCGCCUGCAGCGCGAAGCUCGGAGCCUCUACCUCAGCCUCGGCUUCCUGCCAGAGCCGCCCCAGCCGCUUCCCACCUUCUAUGGACGCUUGGCGGACUUCACGCUCACCCGCUACCGCUAUGACCUUGCCCCUGGGGACUAAGGCGCUGCUGCCUGGGGACGACCUUGAACAGGACUGUGUCUCCUGGAAAAAGAGAAAGAGAGAGAGCGAGAGCGAGCGAGCAGAGCUGGAACCCUUCCCUCUUUUGCUAAGGGAGGACUUCAGAUCAAAACAUCAAUGAAUUUAGGAUUAACUGGCUUUGGGAUUUCUGGGGGCAGUGAGCUUGUGUGUGCGUGUUUGCAUCCUGAACAAGUCAUUUCAACUCCCAGGGACCCAAUAUCCUGUCACUGGAUUGUACUUUUUGAUUUCUAAGGCAACUGAAAGCAGUUAAAUAAGAAGUCCAGGCUAUAGAGAGAAAAUGAAGUAUAUUAUAUUGCAGGGCAUUUGGUGCCUCGGUUUUUUUUUUUUGUGGUUUUUUUUUUUCAUUUUUGCUUAAAUGUUCAAGUUAUUAUUCUAGGUUUGGGGCUGGGGAUAGAAAUAUGCCUGGACAGAAGAAGGAUGAUCGGAAGAUUUUAAAAACAAAACAAAACAAACAAACAAAUAAAACUACUUAAUGAUUUCUUCCUUAAAAUUUCUGAACCACUCUAGAAUGCAUUAGCAAUUCCUCCCCCCCCCAUGCUAGAGUUUGAUUAAUAAACUAACAUCAUACCCAUUAAUGUGCUUAAACUGAGAUUGAGAAAAAUAAAUUCCCUGAAAUUGUACCAGUUUCCCCCUUCCAUCUCAUAGCACUUUGAUAUUAGAUGGCAACUUAAAUGUGAUUUAAGAGGCAAAAAAGAAGAUCGCAAAUGAACCCUCUUGCCUGAAAUUCUUUCAUUGAUUUUAUGAACACUAUUUGAAUCUCCUCAUUUAAUAAUUUCAUUUAGAGUUAAUGAAGGCCUUCUUACAAUUAAGGUAAUCUUUGGAAGAUUAGGGUUAUUGGUUAUUCAUACCUUAUUAUGAAUUAGUUGUGAAGUCAAAAUUAUCUCUCAAUAUAUAUUGUCUAAUAAUUGCUGGGUACCAUUCUAUGCCCCAGAGCAACAAAGAUGAAUAAUACAUCUUACCUGUCUUCAUACAAUCAACACUCUAGUGAAUAUUUGGAAGGGGGAGGAAGGACUUAUACAAAAUGUUGUUUGUAGCUGUUUUUCAGUCCUGCCUCUCUUCUUGAUCCCAUUUCAUAUUUACCAUUUCCUUCUCCAGCUCAUUUUGCAGAUGAAGAAAUUGAGGCAAACAGGGUUAAGUGACUUGUUCAGGGUAACAUAGCUUGUAAGUGCCUGAAGCCUAUUUUUAACUCAAGGCCUAGCAGUAUCCUCUGCUCCAUCUAGCUUUCCUUUGCACAAGAGUAGAAAACGGGUUAGAAAAUAAGAUUAAGGAGAGAUAGAGCCCUAAAUGUUGAGAGGAAGUUGAAAGUACAAGGGAAGUUUUCAUGGAGGAAAUGAGUCAAAAUUGUGUCUUGAAAGAAAAAGUAUUUCAGAGCAAAUGAGAAUAAAGAAUGAAGUUUUACUAAUGAGAGAGAGGUCUAAGUUUCAGGGAUGCAUGGGCCUCAUUGAGGUUCAAAAUAUGAAAUUUUAAAUAUUUAAUCAGGGAUACCAGGAAUAGAGCACAGAAAAGGAAGUGGAAAAGGUCAAAACAACAAAAAAAUUUCACCUUCAAAAUUUUCCCCAACUCAAAUGUUUUAACAAGUUUUAAAAAUGAAUUUAUACCAAAUCCACAGAAAGACUGAGGGUUCUAUAAUCUUAUGUAAGUGCUAUUUAAAAUUCUUGUUUGAUUGGUCUGUUGUUGCAGCAUAACCACAUGAAAUAAGGUCUGCUAAUGGUGUGAGAUCUGCUUUGGCUUUGUAAAUCUUUCAACUUUUAGUACUGUAUUUUGUACUAAAGUGAUCUACAUACAGAAUGCCAGGUUUUCUAGGUGUGUAUGUUCAAUGUUUUAUGUAAUUUAUUCUGUUCUAUAUGUGAAAACAACUUGAUAUGUUUUUUUUAUUGUUUUUCUCACUGCUUGCUUCUGUAUUGUAAUAAUAGUGGAUGGAUUCUCUUAGAUUUAGGACUCUGGUGGUGAGCUUUUAAAGAUUCUCAGUUUUGGAUGAUUUGUGUUCAGUUUUGGCAAAUGAACAGGAAGACUUCUCAGUAAAAGAAACGAUUUCAUCUUAUGGGAAGAUUCUACACUGACAUGAAUUCUGUUAUCAAGUGAAAAGAAAUAUCAGAAUAUUUGCUGCUCAGAAAAUACUGCUUUGUAAUCGGUGGGGAAACCAAAGUAGCUAAGAUUUUACAAAAACUUCAAUACUCUAAAAGAUAAUGUAGCUAUAUAAAAUGGGAAUUUAAUUGUUCUGACACUGGGAUGUGUGUAUUAACUAUUUUUUUUCUGAUAAUUGCGUAUAAAAACCUGGCCAAAAGGAGCAAUUAUGGACAAAAUGGAUUUGAAAGCCUAAAUCCAAAUGAUUGUAACUAUAUAUUCACACUAUACUAAGAACUUUUGUGUACAAGUUUUUAAAGUGUAAAAGAAAUAAAACUGAACAUAAAUGGCAGUGUUACUGAACAGAAUCUUCUUCUCUACAUAAUUGCAAAGUGGAUCCAUGUUCAUAAAUCCUAAUGAAGAUCAAAGUACUUCUUUCUUUGUAAAAUAGACUAAGUUUGGAGAUAAGGAUGUAGCUUUGUCAUUGCCAUGAGUAGUCAUUGUGGGUUUUCAUGAUUGAUAUGACAGUAGAAAUACUUUUGAGUUAUAAUGCCUGACUACUAGGCUGUGUGGCAAUACUGUGUGUAUAAGUGGUUUUAUGUAUAUUUAUCUACAUGUUUUUACCAUCUAUCAAGAAAUAAAUCAGUAUACAGGGUUUUUUUUUAAUAGCAAUGAUUAAAAGUAGUAAUCAAAUUUACUUUGCUAUUGUUUUACUUUUGUUUCAAAGGCAGAAUGUUUUAUUAGAAAAAGCUUUUGUUGUAGAGUGGAGGUGCAGCCCCUAAUGCUCCCAAGUAUGGCCAGAAUCAGAUUACAAUGUAAUUGGGAAAUACUUAACAAAAUAAAUUAAAAUACAAUAUUACAUACAUAAUGUCAACAUGUACUUUUCUAAGUCUAUAUGAAAAUAGCAGGUUCUAUUUGAGUUUGACACCACUGAAGAUUUGACCUUGAGCUUCUGGUUUAAGUAG